CCUGGCUUUUCCCUAAGGUCACACUGCACCAGGACCUGCAAGGAUGUUGGCAUUGGCUCUUCUCGCCCUACUCUGUGUGUCAGCUGAGUCUGUUCAGCCACGGACAUCCUCCUACAAUGGAGAGUACGGAGGAGGGGGAGGAAAGCGCUUCUCCCACUCAGGCAACCAGCUAGAUGGUCCCAUCACUGCCAUCCGAAUCAGGACCAACAGUUACUACAUUGUGGGACUGCAGGUCAAAUAUGGCAAGGAGUGGAGCGACUAUACUGGGGGUAGUCGGGGUGACCUGGAGGAGAUUUUCCUGUACCCCGGGGAGUCAAUCAUCCAAGUGUCUGGCAAAUAUAAGAACUAUCUUCGGCAGUUGAUCUUUGUGACAGACAAGGGCCGCCACCUGGCUUUUGGCAAGGACACAGGCACCAGCUUCAAUGCUGCCCCACUGUACCCCAACACCGUUCUUCGAUUCUUCAGCGGACGCUCUGGCUCCGUCAUUGAUGCCAUCGGCCUACACUGGGAUCUUUACCCCAGUGAAUGAAGCAGCUGCUAACCAUCCAGACACAGCAGGCCCAGGGCUGCAUCUCCUUGGGAAAGUCUUUGUCCCUUCAAAUCCUACCCCCUACCUACUAAAGGGUUAAAAUAAAAGGACAUUGCUGAA